AUGUAUAAAUUUAAAACGAAUCUAUUUUUGGUUAUUUAUUUUAUAGCAAUAUUUUCCAUCGAGUCAUCAAUAUCUUCAUUUAAUACCGAGAUAAAUAGUAAUAGUAAUAGUGAUUUCGGACAUAUGGAAAUACCAAAAAAUAUAGAGGAUAUACCAUUUAUAUGUUAUAACAAUUUAAGUGAUUCUUCAUAUUAUUUAAAAAAUAAUCAAUAUUUUUAUGAACCAAUUUCAACUAUAAUAGAUAAUUCAGUUUCAUAUUUUCCAAAUAAUUGUUCAAAUAUUUCAGAUAAAAAUUCAUUAAGUUGUUGUUUAAAAAUUGAUAGUGAUCAAUUUAAAUCUACGAUGGAUUAUAUAACGAGUGAUAGUUUAAAUACGAGUGUAAUUGGAAGAUUAUAUGAUUGUAGAACCAAUUCAUCAUUGGGUGGUGGAUUUAAAAUUGUUGAAGACAAUGGAAAUACACCAGAUUUAGAGACAAUGUCAAAUGAAUUGGAUGUUAUAGAUUCAAGAGAGAGUGUAAAAAUAUGUUUAUCACAAUUACAACAAUUACAAUGUUUUAAAUGUUCACAAGAUCAUAAAACUAUUUUAAGAGAUUUUCAUACAGAUUUAUUAUAUAGAAUUGAAAGUGAUCCAAAUCAUCAACCUUUAUUCUAUAUAAAAUCAUCAACUUUUAAACAUCCAAUAAUUGAUACAAGUAAUGAUGGUUUUCCAACAACAGGUGCUGGUGGUGCUGAUAAUACAAUACACUAUAUUGAAAAGGAUAUAUCAAAAGGUAAAUCUAUUGCAAUUUGUAAUGAUUAUUUUGAAAAGUUAAUGUCACAUUGCCAAUUUGUAAAUGUUCGUGGUAAACCUUUAAAUCAAUUAUUUCAACCAUUAAAUGGUAAACCAGCUGUAUUCGAUUCUGAAAAUUAUAUUAAUGAAAUAUUUGGUAUUACAAUCCCAAACUUGAAUGAAUUUGUUUAUGUCUCAUCUGAUAAUUUAGAUUUGUUUUAUGUUUCAAAUUUUAAUUGUUUCAAACAACCAAUACCUAAUUUUCAACAACCAACUUGUUCUUUAAUUAUUAAUAAAAAAUGGUAUGAAAAAUCUCAAAAUAGUAAUGAUUAUAAUAAUAAUAAUGAUAGUGAUAAUUCUUCAUUUGGAAUUUCAAUUCAAAAAUAUUUAAAUUCAUUUUUAAAUUCAUUUAUAAUAAUUUUAAUAAUAAAUAUUAUUAUUUAA